AUCAAAAUAAACAAUCGGGCGGUUUUUCAUGUUUUCCACCAAAGAAAGCUCAGUUUUUAAGGAAAAUUCCUCCAGCCAACCGCCCAGACAACCCAGGAAACGUGGACGUCCUCGCCAGGAAACGUUGAAGCAUGACGCGACUCGGUUCACGUGCCGGAUCUGCAAUUAUGAGCUGGUGGACACGAUCGGGCUUGAGCGGCACCAACAGAAGCACGAACCACCGGGAGGAUUUCUGUGUUCCGUGUGCAAGGCACCGUUCACGUCGCCCCAGGCAAGGAAUGAACACAAAAGCCAGGCUCAUCCCGUGUAUCGGUGUCGGCUGUGCAAGGAAUCCUUUCUCGAUGAGGCACAGUUCCAGGCGCACCACAAAACGGUACAUGUGGAACCUACCGAAGGAAGCAAUGGCGGUACUCUUUCUUGCCGCUCUUGUGGGACACAUUUCCGGACGACAUUCCAGUUGCGUGUCCACCUCGAGUCCAAGUGUGGAACGAAGAAGCAUUUCCAGUGUGAUAUCUGCCAGCGGUACUAUUCCUCGCAAGCAUCCUUAGGUGUGCACCGAGGGCUACACCAGGCCAAGAAGAGCCAUUUGUGUGAUACCUGUGGUGCCAGCUUUUACAACCGUGGGCAGCUGAAGGUUCACGAACGGGUGCACACAGGCGACAAACCCUUCAAGUGUAAUAAAUGUGGCAAAGCUUUCUCCCAUCGUGAGAGUCUUGUGACGCACUCCUCCCUGCAUAGUGGCAUCAAACCGUACGUGUGCACGCAUUGUAACGAUCAAUUUUCAUGUAAAGGAAAUCUCAUCAAACAUCUUCAACGGAGACCUCUAACUUGUGGGAGAAAGGAACAAGAAGUUAAAACCGUUUCCGAUGACCCAUCGAGUGCUGAGGGUGUGGUGGAAGAAGCGAAACCCCUUCCAAUCGUAAAGAGCGGCAAACGGGUGCUCAUUUCACGGACGAAAUUAGACGACGAGAAUGAUGGUGAUACGGAACACUUUGAGGUACAGGAAGUAUCUGGAUCUGAAAGUGAGGAUACAGGACACCUUCUGGCGAGUGAAGAAAAAAUGGAAAUUAUUCCUGCGGGAGAGCACAUAACGCUAUUGGAAGUGGAUCUCAAUGCGCAAGGCCAGUCUGCAGUAGAUCAAAAUGAAAUGGAGGUUACUGUUCCUAGCUGGAAGAUGGAAAACGAGGAUGCUAUUCCUACAAUGAAGCACAGCGUCAAUAAGCAGCAUCUUCCAGGCGCUGGCGUCGAGGACGAGAUUGAGAUGCUCGAACCAUCCGGAAUAUCACUAACCGAAGAAUGCGGCAAAUCGUCUCUCGGUAGAGCCUCAGACGGUGAAGAUUCGUACCUUUGUGUAAUAGUCAACAAUGGGCACGAAAUAACUGGCGAUGACGCAGAACAACACCAUUGGUACACGAUUGUCGCUUCAGAGACUGAAACGCGAGUUGAACCAUGUCUUCCUGUGAAGGAAGAUAAAAUAAAUAAUCAGCAAACGACAACACUGAAUGUACCUGCCACUAAAGAAGCCCUUGUCGGUCCUCCACCGACGGAUUAUGAACGGAAGGAAUUGGAGAAUGAAUCUACCAGCUCAUCAUCUGGCGACGAAAGCUUGUGGUUCGAAGAGAAUGUUUCGAAUGCAAACGGUAGAUCAGCUAGAAAGUCAAAGAAAAGUACAAACCCGGAACUAGUACGAAACAUCAAAAGCAACCUGAAAGAUGAAAUACCAACAAAAGAAACUUCAACAGAGUCAUCGAAGAAGCCGUCCAGAGCAGAACUUUCUCAAGAUGAGAUCGAUGAAAUGACGAUUAGCCUAGAAGUGGAAGAGGUGGAGAAACAGUUGCAAACCUUGAAGGAAAACUACAAGAUAGUAAGCGGUGCGGAUUAUCAGUGUAAUCUGUGCCCAGUACAGCACACGUCGGAAUAUCUGAUCGCCAGGCACCUCGAGCGAAUGCACGGUAUUCAGCUGACGGCUAUUGAAAUGCUGCAUCUCAUAAAAAAGCCCCCCUGGCCGGACAUCCUCUAUCGCUGCAAGUACUGCGGGCGGAUGUACAGCAAUCCGGCGCGAUUGAAAGUGCAUGUGCGGCAUCACGGACCGCAUGGUACGUUACUGCACAAGUGUACUUGCUGUAGCCGGUACUUCGAGACGGCAGAAGAUAGCCGACAGCAUGCGCUGGCUACGCACCGUGACCGAUUGGUGUGUAACAUUUGCCAGAAACAGUUUCAGGAUCCAGAUUGCUUGCAAGGCCACAUUCGUUACGCGCAUCGUGGUGUGAAGGAAAAACGUCGUUUAAACUUUGUAUGCCUUCGGUGCGGUAAACGGUUUACUUCACGCUCCGUACUGACCGACCACGAACGAUCCGAUUGUGGUGAUUCACCGAUUUACAAGUGUGAGACAUGCGGCAAGCAUUAUUCCAGUUACGGUGCAUGGAAGGUUCACAAGGAGUUGCACAAAGAUCAGCUACAGUUUAUGUGUAGCUAUUGCAUGAAACGUUUUCGCACCAAGGGGCAGCUUAAGAUUCACGAACGAUCGCAUACGGGUGAGAAACCGUUCCGCUGUGAGUACUGUCCGAAGGCAUUCCCAUACCGGGAAUCGCUCAUGACGCAUCACGCGAUCCAUACCGGAAACAAGCGAUUCAAGUGUGCGGACUGUAGCCAAGCGUUCACUUGUGCCAGCAAUCUAAAGUCUCAUCGUCGAACGCACCAUCCAAGCUAAAAGGAGAGGCGGU